CCUCCCAGCAGCUCAUCGUCCACACUCUCUCCUCCUCCGACCUCACAAAGGGUCUCUCCGCGUCUUCGUUUGACUAUCUCUCCUGUUCCUUCCACCACGGAGCGGUGACAGGGUUGGACGUGUGCCUCAGGAAACCCAUAGUUGCCACCUGCUCCCUCGACAAGACCAUCCGCGUCUGGAACUAUGAGAACAAGUCAGUCUCUCUCUCAUCCCCUCUCUAGAAUCUCUCUGGAUCUCCAUAAAGAGUUCCCUGAGGAGGCGUACAGUGUUGCCCUCCACCCCAGCGGGCUGUUUGUCCUGGUCGGGUUCAGCGAGAAACUGAGACUAAUGAGUCUCCUCAUCAACGAUAUCCGCCCCUACAAGGAGUUCCUCAUCAGAGGCUGCAGAGAGUGUUCCUUCAGUCACGGAGGUCACCUGUUUGCAGCAGCCAACACAAACCUCAUUCAAAUCUUCUCCACUUUCUCCUUUGAGAACACCGCCAACCUCAAGGGACACAACGGAAAGGUCCGCUGCAUCAAGUGGAGUCAGGACGACACGCAGAUAGUCAGCUGCAGUAUGGACGGAGCGGUGUACGAGUGGGGCGUCCUCUCGGGGAGGAGGGAGAAUGAGUGUGUGGUGAAGUCCUGCAGCUACACCUGUCUCACCCUCACCCCUGACCUCCGCACGACCUUUGUCGUCAGUACUGACUCCACCCUCAGCGAGAUGAUCCUCACCGACUCCACUGUUGUUCGCAGUGUGCCCACGGGAGACGUACUGACGGAGGUGGUCCUGUCAGGCUCGGGUCGGAUGCUGUUUGCAGGGAGCAGUUCUGGCAGUGUGCGAUCCCUCAAGUUUCCACUCAAUGAGGCCGGAGAGUUCACCGAGCACCAGACACACUCUGCACCCAUCACCAGGAUGAGGAUAUCGUAUGACGACAGUUGUCUGUUCUCGGUGGCCAAGGACGGCUCUCUAUUCUGUCACAGAGUCUCCGACAAAGACGGCAGGGGAUACCGCAAAGACAAGGACACUCCUUUUGCCGAGGAAGUCCUUGUCACCAAAUCAGACAUGGAGGAACUGAACUCUGAGCUGAGUGAGUACAAGAACAAGGUGGGGGAGCUGAGGUCAGAGAACGACUAUCAGCUGCGACUCAAGGACAUGAACUACGGGGAGAAGAUGAAGGAGAUGAGAGAUAGCCACGCCCACGAGAUGGAGAAACUGCGGACCCAGUACGAGACUCUGCGUACGGACAGGGAGAGAGAGCAGGCGGACUACGAGGCCAGACUGGGCAAGAUGGACGAGGACCACUCUGCAACACUCCAGGAUAUGGACGACUCCAACAACAAGAAACUCAUGACGGAAUACGAGAAGUACCAGGAACUGCAGGCCAGGAGCCUCAAACUACAGGAGGAGUACGAGAAGAGGAUAGAGGAGAUGGAGGAGGCGAGAGAGAAGGCUCUCCAGGAGGUGACCGACCACUAUGAGACCAAACUGGAGGAGAGAGACAGACAGAGAGAGCAGUCGAAUCCCCUCUCUCUGGCCAACCUGUCAGGAGUACGAUGAGCACCGCCAGCAGCAGAGAGAGGCAGAGGAGAUGCUGAGACAGACGGAGGAGGACGCAGACGAAGAGAUACUGCAACUCAAGAACAAGUACGAGUGGCAGCUGCGCAAGAGACAAGAAGAGUGCACCAAGAUGAAGGGAGAGCUGGGACUCCAGAACAAAAAGGUGAGCAGUCUCCAGGAGGAGAUUCGGCAGUUGAAGGAGAAGAAUCAGCAGCUGGGGGUGGAGGUGAGGAAUGAGAGAGUGUGCUCGGAACUUGCGCAUAAUGCGUCUCUCAAGACACGAGGCACCUCGUAGGGCCAUCCUCGCAGUGCAUGAUCGUGCACGCGCAGAGACGCACAGCGUGCUACGAAGCGACACAGGAGAAGAGGAUCUAUGACCUGAAGAAGAAGAACCAGGAGCUGGAAAAGUUCAAGUUUGUGCUCGACUACAAGAUCAAGGAGCUGCGGAAACAGAUGGAGCCUCGGGAGAACGAGCUCAAGAGGAUGAAGGAACAGAUACAAGAGAUGGAGGAGGAGCUGGGGAUGUCCAGUAGGGACAUCAAGAGUCUGGAGCUGGAGCUUGAGCAGAGCAGGCUCCAGAUAUCAGCCAAGGACAAGGAGAUUCGCAGAGAGAGACAGUCGGUGGAGGACCUGCGGACGGAAUUGAGGAACAUCAAGACCGGGCUGGACAGGUCGUCUCGCUACAUCCAGGAACCCAAGGAGCUGAAAGAGGCGUGUGAAAGGAUCGUGUACGGAGCACUUGACGACUCAAGCCACUGGUCACGGAGACUCGUUGGCAGAGAGGGACAUGGGGUCAGAGUACGCGAGACAGAGGGAGCACAUGGAGCGAAGUGUGGCGUCUCUCAGGAAGAAACUGGCCAAAGACACGGAGAUACAUCGCAAGGACAACAUCAGAGUCAUGCAGGAGAAUGUGUCACUGCUAAAAGAGAUCAAUGACCUCCGUACAGAACUAAAGAAAUCUCGCACCACAGCCCACGAUCUCGAGGCCGUACUAAAGAUUGCUCGCAAACAGGGCUUCGACGAGAUGGCGGCUCUAGCCAGCACCGUCCCCCAUCUCCCUCCCACGGGGCUGGCAAAGGUCGAGCCACCAGCCGACAGCCAGCGAGUGAUCGAGAUCCAGCGAGCCGAGAUCAGUCGUCUCCGCGGUCUACUGAGGGAGGCAGAGAAUCGACCGUCGUCUGUAAUGCGGCUCCCUCCCAUGCAGCACUCCUCACCUCUUCCUGUAGUCUAGUGAACACCUCUCCUCUAUACGCACACUAUGCAUACUCCAUAACAACAAUGUCUUCUAUCGCACCGUUUGUAAAGAAAAGACUCUUGCAUAAUAUAUGAAUGCAAAUACGGCUAUUGUAUAAUACCGUAUAUACAAACUUCACUAAGUAACGUAUGUAUGAAUGCGCAUUACCAAACAACGAUAGUUUUCACUGAACUUUACACUGGAAAGCAGGAAACUUAAAGCAAAUUUAUAGGCUCACUGCGAAA